UCAAACGUGUGGUCCGGUGCCAGAAUGUUGUCCGUUAGCAGUUUACUCAAGUGUAACGACGGUGGUCGGAAGCGCGCUGACAGUGGCGGAGGUGUCGGAGAAGGAAAUCUCAGUGCAACAGCAAAAUCUAGUGUUGUGAGUUCCAGUUCCGUUGCCAAAUCUGGUGGAUUUUGCAGUGCUCAAACCUCGAGGAUACCAAAAUGUGCGCGAUGUCGAAAUCACGGUGUGAUAUCAGGAUUAAGAGGUCAUAAGAAACACUGCACCUACAGGAACUGCAGGUGUCCAAAGUGUGAACUGAUUCUAUCGAGACAGAAAAUCAUGGCAGCUCAGGUUGCGCUCAAAAGACAACAAGCCGUCGAAGAUGCCAUAGCUUUGCGACUAGCGUCAACAGAAAUGGGAACACAACUUGAGACACUUCCACCAGGAAAAAUCUACGGUAUGACGGUUACAGAACCAUGUGCUUCCCCGCAACUCGGAUCACCGUCGUCCAUGGACAUUUCAUCGUCAACCUCUCCUGCAGGCAGUGAAAAGGAAACCGAUUUAUCGGAAAGCAGUAAACCUGCAAAUGCUACCAAUAAUGUGGCAGUGUCACAAAAUGCUCUGGACAUGUUAUCUCAACUAUUUCCACAUCGAAAGCGAUCCGUGCUUGAGUUGAUUCUCAAACGUUGUGAUUCGGAUUUACUCAAAGCCAUCGAACAGUGCAGUAAAAGUCCACCAACCAGCGCAUUUAAACCUCCAGUGUCCUCAGCCUCAUCAUUCAUUGCUCACCAUCAGAUUCCAAUAACACCACCCAGCCCACCAAGUUAUGCUUCACUUAUUGCUUACCCAAAAUGGUUGCUUCCAAUGUCGAUUCCGUUACCAAUGGGGCACAUUGCUCCAAAUUUGGCCCCAAGAUGUACUCUACCCAAUUGUGUUAUGUGUGUGCAUCAUCCUGUGUAA